GGAGGUUUAGGUCGUGUGGCUUCCAGCGCGGGUGAGGGGUAUCACGGGCUGAAAGCGUCGCCUGCUGGGGUCCCGGGGCUCGCAGAAAGGACGUGGGUUUGGGAGUGAGGUGCCUGCCGCGCUGGCUCGGGGCGGGCGGCACACCCUUCUUCCGGGGGUUGGCUCUCGCGCCCCAGGAACGCCCUUUCUUGCUGCCCUCUAGCUAGCCUGGAACUUGGUACCCCUGCUUUCUUGGAUGGGCAUCUGUUUUUAGAUUUGUCCCCUAUCCACUAAAACCCCAAGUCCUUCACCAUGGACUUCCAGCAUCGACCAGGAGGCAAAACUGGCAGCGGAGGUGUGGCCUCCUCCUCUGAGAGUAACAGGGACCGGCGGGAGCGCCUGCGACAGCUGGCUCUAGAGACCAUUGACAUCAAUAAGGACCCAUAUUUUAUGAAAAACCAUCUGGGAUCAUAUGAAUGCAAACUCUGUCUGACACUUCACAACAACGAGGGGAGCUACCUUGCACACACUCAGGGGAAGAAGCAUCAGACCAAUUUGGCCCGGCGAGCUGCCAAGGAGGCCAAGGAGGCCCCUGCCCAGCCAGCACCAGAGAAGGUCAAGGUGGAGGUGAAGAAAUUUGUGAAGAUUGGCCGUCCAGGCUACAAAGUAACCAAGCAAAGAGACACGGAGAUGGGCCAGCAGAGCCUCCUGUUCCAGAUUGACUACCCUGAGAUCGCUGAGGGCAUCAUGCCCCGUCACCGCUUCAUGUCUGCCUACGAGCAGAGGAUUGAGCCCCCAGACCGGCGCUGGCAAUACCUGCUGAUGGCUGCCGAACCCUAUGAGACCAUUGCCUUCAAGGUACCAAGCAGGGAGAUUGACAAGGCUGAAGGCAAGUUCUGGACCCACUGGAACAAGGAGACCAAACAGUUUUUCCUCCAGUUCCAUUUCAAGAUGGAGAAGCCUCCAGCACCACCUAGCCUCCCAGCUGGACCUCCAGGGGUGAAGCGGCCCCCUCCCCCACUGAUGAAUGGCUUGCCUCCUCGUCCACCACUGCCUGAGGCUUUGCCUCCACCUCCCCCAGGAGGCCUGCCCUUGCCUCCCAUGCCCCCCACUGGGCCUGCACCCUCAGGACCCCCUGGACCUCCCCAGCUGCCCCCACCAGCUCCCGGGGUCCACCCCCCUGCCCCGGUGGUCCACCCUCCUACACCUGUGGUCCAUCCCCCCACUCCAGGGGUCCAUCCUUCAGCCCCUGGGGUCCACCCCCCAGCCCCAGUGGUCCACCCCCCCACAUCUGGGGUCCAUCCCCCUGCUCCAGGGGUCCACCCUCCAGCCCCAGGGGUCCAUCCACCCCCAUCGGCUGGGGUUCACCCCCAGGCUCCUGUGGUGCACCCACCUGCUCCUGCAGUUCACGCCCAGGCUCCUGGAGUGCACCCACCAGCCCCUGGAAUACACCCACAGGCACCAGGUGUGCACCCCCAGCCUCCUGGAGUUCAUCCUGCUGCUCCUGGGGUACACCCUCAGCCUCCUGGAGUUCACCCCUCAAAUCCUGGGGUACAUCCCCCAACUCCUAUGCCCCCCAUGCUAAGGCCCCCCCUCCCCUCCGAAGGCCCUGGGAACAUUCCACCCCCUCCCCCAACCAACUGAAAAGGUGCUUCCCCAUAAGUCUGGUUUUCUGUAUUUUCCCACAGAGGUGAUACAGCUUUUGUAUUUUGUACUGUCCCCAGAGCCCAGUAAACAGCCUCUCUUC